AUGUCCACCGCCAAGGAGGGUAAGGUUCACAUGUCGAUUGUGAUCUGCGGUCACGUCGAUUCCGGCAAGUCUACUACUACUGGUCGUCUCCUCUUUGAACUUGGAGGCAUUCCUGAGCGUGAACUCGAGAAGCUUAAGCAAGAGGCUGAUCGUCUCGGCAAGUCCUCCUUCGCUUUCGCCUUUUACAUGGACCGGCAGAAGGAGGAACGUGAGCGUGGUGUUACCAUUGCUUGCACUACGAAGGAAUUCUUCACCGAUACCUGGCAUUACACCAUCAUUGAUGCUCCUGGCCAUAGAGAUUUUAUCAAGAACAUGAUCACUGGUGCUUCUCAGGCGGAUGUUGCUCUUUUGAUGGUUCCUGCUGAUGGUAACUUCGGUACCGCUAUUGCUAAGGGUAACCAUAAGGCUGGUGAAAUCCAAGGGCAAACUCGUCAGCAUGCUCGUUUGAUCAACUUGCUUGGUGUCAAGCAGUUGAUCGUAGGUGUGAACAAGAUGGAUUCUGAUGUCGCUGGCUACAAGGAGUCUCGUUACAAUGAGAUUCGCGAUGAGAUGAAGAAUGUUCUUGGUCGAGUUGGGUGGAAGAAGGACUUCGUCGAGAAGUGUGUCCCAAUCAUCCCUAUUUCUGGCUGGAUGGGCGACAAUCUGAUCAAGAAGUCCGAGAAGAUGGCUUGGUGGAAGGGUGUGGAUGUUACUCGUGAUCCUACCUCGAAAGAAUCGUUCCAUAUUGAUACUCUGCUGGAUGGUCUCGAGAAGUUCGCUACGGUUCCUAAGCGUGUGACUGACGCUCCAAUGAGAAUGCCCGUCUCUGGUAUCUAUAAGAUCAAGGGUGUCGGCGAUGUGAUCACUGGCCGUGUCGAGCAAGGGAUCGUCAAGCCUAACGAGGAGGUCGUGUUCAUGCCGACUCACACGCCUUCCACUGCUUGUACCGGCAAGGUGUUCACUGUUGAGAUGCAUCAUACUCGUCAAGAGAAGGCUCUUCCUGGUGAUAACGUCGGUUUGAACGUCAAGGGUCUGAUCAAGGAUAACAUGCCUCGUUCCGGUGACGUGAUGAUCUACAAGAAGGAUACUAGUCUGAAGCAUGUGCAGUCUUUCACUGCUCAGGUUCAAGUUUUGGAUGUGCCUGGCGAGAUUAAGGUUGGUUAUUCUCCGAUUGCCUUUGUUCGUACUGGUCGCUCCGCCUGUCGUUUGGCUGGAAUCAAGUGGAAGGUUGGCAAGGAGACUGGUGGCAAGAAGAUGGAGGAUCCACAUGCUCUGAAAUCCAACGAGAUGGCCGAGGUCGUAUUCGAACCUAUUCAGCCCCUGGUUGUCGACUCCUUCAAGAACUGUGAGGGUCUGUCUCGUGUUGCCCUUAUGGAGGGCAAUGGUGUGGUUAUGCUCGGCAAGUGUGUCUCCACGGUUGCGAAAGACGUGAAGUAG